AUGGCUAUUACUUACUUUAUUACUGGUGCUAACCGUGGGAUCGGAUUUGAAUUUGCUAAGCAAGUUUCCGCUGAUUCAAACAACAUUGUGUUUGCAACCACCCGUUCUCUUGCUAAUGCUACUGCUUUACAAGAUUUGCAUCGCUCAAAUCUUCAUAUUAUUGAGCUUGACAUUGGCUCUUCAUUGGAGGUUUUUAAAGAAUCAUUAGCUGAACCAUUAGCGAAAUUUGCUCCAAAUGGUGUUGAUAUUAUUAUUCAGAAUGCUGGUAUUGCUAAAAAUUCAGCUAAAAGAGUCAUUGACUCUUCUCCAGAAGAGUACGAAGAGCACUAUCGUGUUAAUGUUGUUGGACCCCUUAAGGUGUAUCAAUCUUUGUUACCUUAUUGGUCUAAACAAGCGAACCCUGAAACCCCAAAAAAGUUUAUUUUCAUUAAUUCAGUCGUUGGUUGGGUUAAUAAUUUUUACCCUUUUCGCUCCAGUCACUAUGGUGCUUCUAAAGCUGCUUUGAAUCAUCUUACUCGACAUAUUUGUUUUGAUAACAAGUCUUCGGACUCGGAUUGUAUUAAAAACUCAAUUGUUAUUGCAGUCCAUCCAGGAUUGGUUUUAACUGAUUUGGCGAAAAAAGUUUUUGAAGAUAGUGGGAUUGACCCAGACAGUUCGGGUUUGCCAUCUAUAUACCCUGACGAGAGUGUCCGUAACUUAUUGGAGAUUAUUGAUAAUUUAACUCAUGAAGAUAAUAAUACUUUUAUUAGUAAUGAUGGCACUAGAACUUCUUGGUAA